ACUUUUCGCAGUGAAGUUUCGGCGCAGCAUAAAGUGGGAGCAAUUUAUCUCGGAGUGUACAAUGGCAUCCUGUUUUCUUAUAAAAUUAGAAGUGAAGAUGAAAAGAUUGCUGAAAUUUUAUAUGCAAUGUUCCUCCGGAAUAAAGCUGAUCCUAACGCUGAGCUGCAAGAAGGCGAAACGAUACAUGUUUUUUCCAUGAAUGGCAAGGAAGCAAUUGUGGUGCGCUGUGGACCAGCCAAAGUUCACUACGGCAUUUAUGACACGAACCCAAAAAGCACUCUCAAAAGCAUCUACUUAUCGCGCUCAUCAAUGACGGAAGUGAAGGGUCUAACCAACUGCCAGCGAGCGGAUUUUGAUGCAGCAAAUGCCAAACUCAUCAUUUAUAUUGACGCUGAAAAGGCCAUCCAAUUUCCAGUCGCAAGAAAUUUGACCGCCUCAACUGAAACUCUGCAAAUUAGCAAAGUGGUAUGA